AUGAGGUCUUCGAGCAAUCUUGUCACUCUGGCACUCGCCUUUGCGGGCGGUGUCAGGGCUGCGGAGUACAACUCUUUUGAUGGUCCCGGCUUUCCCACCUGCUACGAUGUCACGGCGGUGCACAACGCCACGAGUGUGGACGAGAUGGUAUCCCUCGUUCAGGCUGCUGCCGCCUCAGGGAAGCAGUGUGCCGACUUGCCAACUGAGAUCAUCCGGACAGAGCUGGUCAACAACAUCUCUGAUUUCGACCUCCCAGCUGGCGCUGAAUCAGGCAGCGUGGUCGUCGAGGCUGGCGUGACGUUCUUCCAGCUGGCAGACUACCUCCACGCGCGCGGCGCCAACAUCGGCACGGGCCUCGUGAACUGGAACAUCUCCCUUGGUGGCAGCGUUGCCAUGGGCGCCCACCGAACAUCGCUCAGGGAGGACGCUGUGGUUGUAGGCGGCGUGUUGUCCAUGGACAUCAUCGACGGGUCCGGAAAUAUCAGGACCGUCGAGCGGGACGAAUCCAAUGACGAGUGGCUGGCGGCAUCUACCUCGCUUGGGCUCCUGGGCGUAAUCGCGAGGCUGAAGAUGAAAAUCUACCCCGAGACUGUGCUCUAUGCGAUGCAGAAGACGCUUGAUGAGGAGGAUGUCUUGAACGGCGAUAUUGAGGCGCUCAUAUCACCUUACCUGACAGCAAACCUCUGGGAGCUUUUGGAUCCCCAAAGGGGGCCUUACAAGAAGAAGUUCCACCAGCGAUACUACGACGUCGUCGGCCCCAAUGAUGCUAACCAGCACGGUCUGCAGUCGACCUUCUCCGUGACCGGGAUCGAGGCCGCUGCCGCCAUCUCCAUCCUCGAAACAGGCAAGGCUCUCGCGACAUCCAACAUGCUCGCCGAGGAAAUCUUCUUUGGCAUUUGGGAAAAGCCCAACUUCCACACCAAGGAUACCAAUGUGGAGCUUACCACAUGGCCUGUCACAGGAUACAACUGCAACGUCCUCCUGAACGACCACGACGUCCUCAUUGGUGGCCUGUACCCGGACCAGAAGGCAGAGUGGGAUUACAAUCUCCGUGGCUACACUUUGGAGCUGGCAUUCCCAGUACCUCUCGCCAAUAAAAUGUUGAAGCGUGUUAGGGAGCUUUUCGAUGCCCAGUGGAAGGAGAAACUUAUUGUGAUGACCUCGACAUAUCGAAGCGGCAUCAACAUCAAGUUCGGCAAGCCACACUACGACCUCCUCGGACAGGUGACCACCAACACCUCCGAUGGGGCCGACUGGAGCAAAGGGGCCAUCAUGUUCGACUUCCCAAGCUUCAGGCCGAACACCGGUGAUCACCUCCGUUUCAAUGAGCCAUUCUGUGAGGCCUCGUUGAUUCUCCCCCUUGUGGACACAAGAAUGCUGACCCUCGACAGACCACAACCUAUCGCAGACUCUCAUCAACGACAUAUUGCCAGGUUCAAGGCUGUGAGGGAGGAUUUCGAUCCGAAGGGGACAUUCAGGAGUGUUGUCGGCGAAAUCAUUGGCGUGUACUGA